UUAACCGAAAUCCUCGCUUCCUCCCUUUACCGCGCCCAUACAAUACCCUGCGACUGCGAGGAAAUCGAGACGGAGCACGGAGGCGAUGCUCAGUAAACAGAAACCCUCGUCUUCUUCCCUCGUUCCCGCUUCUGUUCCUACCGGAAACCCCAACGAGAAAAGGAGCUAGGAAGUCACGACGGGAGCUUACUGGGAAUGCAAGACUGCGCUUUUCUGUUUGUCUGAAUCCCAGAAAAAGAGUACCGGAACCCUAGAGGCCACAGAAGAACAUGUCUGCGUGCGUUUACAUUCCUGUUCAGAACUCGGAGGAGGAGGUGAGGGUUGUACUAGACCAGCUACCACGCGAUGCAUCGGACAUCGUGGACAUCCUCAAGGCGGAGCAAGCCCCACUCAACAUCUGGCUUAUCAUUGCGAGGGAGUACUUUAAGCAAGGAAAAAUUGAACAGUUCAGACAAAUUUUGGAGGAAGGGUCUAGUCCUGAAAUAGAUGAAUACUAUGCUGAUGUUCGGUAUGAACGGAUUGCCAUCCUUAAUGCUCUUGGAGCAUAUCAUACUUACCUGGGUAAGGUUGAGACAAAACAACGAGAGAAGGAUGAUAAUUAUGUUUUAGCAACUCAAUAUUACAAUCGAGCAUCAAGGAUUGAUGUUCAUGAGCCUUCCACUUGGAUUGGAAAAGGUCAGCUUUGUGUGGCCAAAGGUGAUCUCGCACAGGCAUCUAGCCAAUUCAAUAUUGCUUUGAAUGAAGACCAGAAUAAUGUUGCUGCACUUCUUGGUCAGGCUUGUGUUGAGUUCAACAUGGGGGAAAAUGAAGAUCAGUAUCAGAAAGCUUUGGAAUCGUAUAAGAGAUCAUUGGACUAUUAUAAGAGGGCACUGCGAGCUUAUCCUAAUUGCCCUGGAGUUGCAAGACUUGGUCUAGGUUAUUGUAGAUACAGGCUUGGCCAGUUUGACAAGGCCCGUCAAGCCUUUCAACGAGUUCUUGAUUUGGAUGCGGAGAAUAUUGAGGCUCUAGUGGCUCUUGGAAUUAUGGAACUUCAAACAAAUGAAGUUGAUGGUAUUCAGAAAGGCAUGGCGAAGAUGCUGAGGGCUUUUGAUGUAUAUCCAUAUUGUUCAAUGGCACUCAUUCAUCUGGCGAAUCAUUUUUUUUUUACUGGUCAGCAUUUUCUGGUGGAGCAGUUAACGGAGAAUGCUCUUGCUGUAGGCAAUCAUGGGUUGAUGAAAUCUCAUUCCUAUUACAACUUAGCAAGAUCUUAUCACAGCAAGGGUGAUUUUGAGAAGGCUGGGCGGUAUUACAUGGCUUCUGUCAAAGAAAUCAAUAAGCCUCAGGAGUUCGCUUUACCCUUUUAUGGUCUCGGACAAGUUCAGCUGAAACUAGGAGAUUUAAAAAAUGCCCUUUCAAACUUUGAGAAAGUACAGGAGGUUUACCCUGAAAAUUGUGAAACUUUGAAGGCAGUUGGGCAUAUUCAUGUUCAGCUUGGUCAAACUGAAAAGGCCUUAGAAAUCUUCCGGAAAGCAACACGUGUUGAUCCAAAGGAUGCUCAGGCAUUUAUGGAGCUUGGUGAAUUAUUGAUGCCAACAGAUCCAGGAGCUGCUUUGGAUACCUUAAAAUCUAGUGAGGUUUUGGAGAAAUGUCAGCAAAGAAGGUGAAUGCGUUGGAAGACAAAUUUGAGCAAAUCAAGUCCGUGAUAGAG